AAUUUACACUCAGUAGAGAGCGAGUGAAGAUGGCGGACGUGUUGAGUGUCCUGCGUCAGUACAACAUCCAGAAAAAAGAAAUCGUCGCCAAGGGAGAUGAAGUUAUCUUCGGCGAAUUCUCCUGGCCCAAAAAUGUGAAAACGAACUAUGUCAUUUGGGGGACAGGGAAGGAGGGUCAACCCAAAGAAUACUACACAUUGGAUUCCAUCUUGUUCCUGCUGAACAAUGUGCAUCUCCCUCACCCUUCCUAUGUGCGGAGGGCGGCAACAGAGAACAUUCCUGUGGUGAGAAGACCUGACAGAAAAGAUUUGCUGGCCUAUCUAAAUGGUGAAAGUUCUACAUCUGCAAGUAUUGACAGAAGCGCGCCUAUUGAGAUUGGUUUGCAAAGACCGACACAAGUUAAAAGAGCAGCAGACGACGCAUCAUCAGAGGCAAAAAAGCCAAGGAUAGAGGAUGAAGAACGAGUGCGUCUUGACAAGGAACGGUUGGCGGCUCGUUUGGAAGGGCACAAGGAAGGCAUUGUGCAAACAGAUCAGAUUAGAUCUUUGUCAGAAGCCAUGUCUGUUGAAAAGAUUGCUGCCAUCAAAGCCAAGAUUAUGGCCAAGAAAAGGUCAACAAUCAAAACUGACUUGGACGAUGACAUUACUGCACUGAAACAGAGAAGUUUUGUGGAUGCUGAGGUGGACACGACUCGAGACAUUGUCAGCAGGGAGAGAGUAUGGCGAACAAGGACAACAAUUUUACAAAGCAGUGGAAAGAACUUUGCCAAGAACAUCUUUGCAAUUCUCCAGUCUGUGAAAGCCAGAGAAGAGGGACGUGCCCCUGAACAGAGACCAACACAGAAUGCAACACAGGCGGAUCCUUCCUUAAGGAACAAACAACCGGUGCCAGCUGCUUACAACAGAUAUGAUCAGGAAAGAUUCAAAGGGAAAGAAGAAACUGAAGGUUUCAAGAUUGAUACCAUGGGUACUUACCACGGCAUGACCUUGAAGUCGGUGACGGAAGGGGCUUCAGCCAGGAAAGCACAGACCCCAGCAGUUCAGCCUGUUCCAAGACCAGUUUCUCAGGCCAGACCUCCUCCAAACCAAAAGAAGGGCUCUCGAACCCCUAUCGUCAUCAUCCCUGCUGCCACUACUUCAUUAAUCACCAUGCUAAAUGCAAAGGAUCUUUUGCAGGAUCUAAAGUUUGUAACAUCUGAGGAAAAGAAGAAGCAAGGCUUACAGCGGGAAAACGAAGUCUUGCUCCAGAGACGAAAGGAUGUGGUCCAGCCUGGUGGGACCAAUCUCAGUGUAACAGUACCUUACAGGGUGAUAGACCAACCCCUCAAGCUUGCACCCCAAGACUGGGAUCGAGUUGUGGCAGUAUUUGUGCAGGGUCCUGCUUGGCAGUUCAAGGGCUGGCCAUGGGUCCUGCCUGAUGGGUCACCUGUUGAUAUAUUUGCAAAAAUCAGAGCAUUCCACCUCAAGUACGAUGAGGUAAAGGUGGAUCCCAAUGUGCAGAAGUGGGAUGUGACUGUGUUGGAACUAAGCCAUCACAAAAGGCAUUUGGACAGACCUAUUUUCUUGCGUUUCUGGGAGACACUGGACAGGUACAUGGUGAAGCACAAAUCCCACUUGAGAUUCUGAGUCUACAGUCUGUCACUGGUUUUCUGGUGGUUGGAUUAAGAAGUAUGAACGUUUUCACCAGCGUGUCCAAGAACUGUCAGGAGCUUCAUCAGACAAAAGCAGCUUGCAUCCACUCGAACCUAUUUGUUGAAGGAUUUUCUGUGCUGGCAAAAUGAUUGUUGUCUACCUUAGCUUGAAGUAAACAUUUUGUGGGGUUUUUCCAGUUCUUUUCAGACCUUAGGCUGUCAUCUAGUAAGCAUACCAAAAGUGUAUAUUUUCAUAGCCAUUCAUUUUGUUUUCAUUCAGGAAGAAAUCCCUACAUAUAUUUUAUUCCCCCCCCCCCCCCCCCCAAGGUUUUUUUUUUUUUUUCAAAUUGAGUGGAAAUAAAUAAUUAAAUGAAAAAAUACUGGUGAUUUUUAUAUGAUGAUGACACUUGUUGCAGGGUUUUUUUUUUUUAGUUAAACAUUAGUUCUUUGGUAGUGACUGUACAUUAGUAAUGUCCAACAUUAUGGCCUUAAAAUCUCAGACCUGGCCAUUGACGGUGAUAGGUCAAACUUGAUAGCCAUAGAAGUGAAUAAGGGACAACACCCACACAAAAUAUGUGACGUGGAGGAACAUACUGUAAACUGUUUGUAAAGAGGAGUCUCCAUUAUCAAAUUCAAAGAGAUUGAACUUCUCAGAUGACACCACUGGAUUCUUGACUAUUUAGGCAAUUUGAUUGAACCAAAAUCAAUUUGUAUUAUGAAUUAUCAGGAAAUGGUGAAAUAAUAUGUUUACUUAUAGUUUCUUGGCACAUUUAUUUUUUGUGAUUUCCAGUAUCAUACUAUUUAGAAGAUAAGCAGUGCAGUCAUCAUGCUCACCAGCAAAGGUAUUAGAGGUCACCUAUGUCUGCUUUCUAGAAAGCACAUAUUUAAUUUGUUUCUUUUUUUAAUGACAGCUCUAUUCAGUAGUGCAAACAAUGUGUCUUCUCAUAAACUGCUUGAAUAUUGAAUGUGAAAUGGUUGACAGUUGAAAUAAUCCAUGCUGUCGUUAGGUAUGAAUAAUGAUGUUAUCCAAGCAGGGAUCUGUUCACAAUUACUUAAAUAAGUGUUUCAGGUAUUCAAGAUACUAGUGUUUUUGGCUUGUGGGUUACAAAACUACUUCCAUAUGAAUUAAGGGAUUGAUGUUGUACAUGCCCCCUAGUUUUGGGAUUUACACUGUUGUUAAACUACAUGUCAAAAUAAAUAAAUUGACCUCUCUUAUUCCUUUAAUUAUGUUUAAUAUAUGCUUAUGAAGUACAUAUUUUUCAGGGUAUGAUUACCCUUCCAGUUUUUAUGUGAUAUGCAAUGAACUCAGUAAAUGAUCUCUAUCCUGCAUAUGAGAAAAUACAAAAGACCCUGUAGCCUUGAUGAUUCUCUUCUUCCAUUUUUCUUAUUUGGUGCAGUAAAGGGUACUUGGUGUUUUAUCCAUUAAGAGCUCACAGUGUGUUUAUUUUGUUGUUCUUCACAAAAUUGUUUUAUAAUUCAUUAAGCACAGGCUGGCUGGAUAGCUGACAUUUCAUAAGUUUAUUUUAUAGAAAUCUGUGGAAAACUAGCAAGAUUCUGUAUGUUCACCAAAGCUGUCUAAUGCAGACAAGAUUUAUGUUCUGCAUUAUGCUACUUCAUUUCUCCAACCUUCCACAUUUGUGAAUAUGCCCCUUUUGAUUGUAUAAAAUGGCUGCUGUUAUACAGUAUACAGGGUUGGUGAUGCUGCCUUCACUUCAAGCCUAUGGGGCUGAUAAUGUGGUGGUAGAAAUGCUUCGGCUUUUGAAAAAAAAUAAAAAUAAAAGAACAGAUGUGCUUUCAUCUAUAUUGCCUUUUAACCUGUAACUUUUUUUUCAGUAAAGCUAAAAUCUUAAGCACAGAGAAUUUUGGUCAAUUUAUGCAAAGACCCACAAUGCUGUAGUGUAUACCGCAAGUGUGAAUCUUGACAUUACUGACAUAAAAAUGAUUAAAGAA